GCUGUCGUAUUGAAAGACUUCAAUCUCCAUGUAAUCCAGGGCAAAAUCUUUGCACUUUUGGGUCCCAAUGGGUGCGGAAAGACGAGUCUCCUUAAGAUAAUAUUAGGAAGAGUUAAGCCAAAUGAUGGCUGUAUUCGUGUGUUUGGUUUAGAGCCGGGACACAAAGACCUGGACAUUCCCGGUCCGGGUGUCGGGUAUAUGCCUCAAGAGAUCGCUCUCUUUGACGCUUUUACUAUCGAUGAAUGCCUUCACUAUUUCGGAACUAUUUAUAAAAUGAAGAAAGAGAUUAUUGAUCACCGAAUUGAACAGUUGAUUGAAUUGUUGGAUUUGCCACAAAAGUCUAGAAAAAUCAAUGAAUUAAGUGGUGGACAGCAGAGGCUGGUGUCGAUGGCGUCCACAAUAGUGCACAGACCGAGACUUCUUAUACUGGAUGAGCCCACAGUUGGUGUCGACUCUAUCCUCAGGCAUAGGAUUUGGACGUAUUUGGAAAAUAUUUGCAAAAAUUAUGGGAUAACAGUAUUAAUUACAACACAUUAUAUCGAAGAGGCGAAGAACGCGUCAAAUGUGGGUUUUGUAAGCAAUGGAUCACUUCUUCGACAAUCAAAUCCACACAAAUUGAUCGAUGAAUACAAUUGUCAAACUUUAGAGGAAGUGUUUCUCAAACUAACGCAACAGCACUACAAACAACUCAAAGGCGGCGACAAACAAGUGAAUCAGGGAUCAGCUCGAGUGGUGGACACAACGAUGAAACCGCGAAGACAUUUAUUGCUCAACACUCGUGGCGCCCAUCGGCACAGAUAUGUCGACAUAAGUCACAUGAGAGCCCUGUUUUACAAAAGUUACAUUCAAUUGAAAGGAGUGUAUAUAUCGUUGAUCUUGUUUUUCAUAUUACCGGUCAUUACUAUAUACGGGUUCAGUAUGAGUGUCGGUGGAGUACCGCUCAGAGUUCGGGUCGGCUUAUAUACGGGCGCCGACAGAGACACGUAUAAUAUGUCCCAACAAUUUAUACAUUCAAUCAAUGAAUCGUUAUUGAGUCCCACGUAUUACGAGGCAAAACAGGCGGCCAUUGAUUCGGUGGUCGCCGGCAAAAACAUGUUUGCGCUCAUCUAUCCGGUCAACUACUCGGAGAAUAUGAGGGCUCGACUGCCCGAUCCUUUCAACGCCGAUAUCGAAGUGUUGAACAACAGUGUAAUCCGCGAAUACGUCGACCACUCAAACACAAUCACAUCGGUAUACGUCCGGUACCUCUACUUCAUCGACGGUUUACUCAAAUUUAUGCGCAAAAUUGGCGCCGAAGACGGCCUCAAUCCGGUCUCUUUCUCGCUGCCCAUCGAUUGGACAAAACCUAUAUUCAGCGGAUCGUUCUUC